AAUACAAACAACAACACGUCUGAGUAGCUGCUAGCUUCUCGGUCUGGAAAGUGACAUUUUCCUUCAGUUUAAUGUUCUCGUGAUACAACAAGAGCUUAACGUUUAAAGAUUUGGUGUAAUUAAGAGCGGUUUUGUCGGUAUUUAAGUGUUUAAUACAAAAAAUGAAGCCAUACAGUUAAACUGAGCUUUUAUUGGAGGUCUCGGCUUUGUUGUAAACACUCAGCUGCAGGGUUUCUGGUUCGAUCCUGAGCUCAGUUUACUGUCUGUGUGGACUGACGUGUUCUCCUCAUGUCUGCAGGUCUGCUAGUUUCCCUGCACCUACUAGAAACAUGCAGGCUGCAGCAAUGCCCAGAAAAAAGACCAAAACAAAGAAGCAUAAGAGAGAACGAAAAAAACACAGAUCGUCAUCAUCCUCCUGUGAGGAUCAGGGAAAAGAUGACUCGGAGAGACGCAGAGGCAGUCAGAGUGACAACAACAAGCGCAUGAGAAGCAACAGCACUAACGGUCCACAAUCACGCAGGGAAAUCAGGGCAAACAAUGAGACAUACACGAAAUCAGACGUAAAAAUCAUGAAGAAAUCAGAAGGAAAUAAAGAGUCUCAUGACAGCAAGCACAGGGCAUUCCACACCUCAGGGAAACACUCUGCCUCACAACAUUAUACUUCUUCCACGAAAAAGAGCUCCAGCAACCAAAUUCCCGAAGCCCCAACCAGAGAGAGACGUGAGUGGAGGAAAAGUCUGGGUAAAGAGCCAGGAAAGAGAGCAGAUAAGGAAGAAGAAAAGAGAAAGGAUCUCAUGAAACGAAAGGCAUCACAAGAAGAUGAUUACCCAGUGACCAAGAGAAGAUCAGCAUCAGCCUCCUGCAAAGAAGAGACUGAUGUAAGAAGCCGUGAUAGAAAGAAGUUAGUGGAGGCAGAGUGCAGGAAGUCAAAUGAAGAUCGUAUCUCAGGAUGGAAACGCAGCAGUCUGGAGAAAAGUCCAAGCAGACGCUCGUCUAAAGAGUCUAAACCCCCAGCAUCUGCAGUUACACAAAAUGUCAGACUGAAAAUACUGACUAAGGGACACUCUGUAUCGGUCUGUCCCACUGUCUCUAAAGAAUCAUCAUCUUCAUUACCAUCAUCAUCAUCUCCUUCUCCUAAAAUCUCUUUCAAGAUCCCAAGAAAGACGAGUAUUGUUAAAGCACAGACAAGCAAAGUCUGUUGGGAAAAUGUUAAAAAAUCUCCCGUCAGCAGUAAGAGUUCUCCAAAGACCAUAGACUCUUCAUCUGUGAGGGAGCAAACCAGACCAAAGCCUACAGAAGUUCCUUCUCCGGUUCCUUCCUGUUCUCCUCCUGUCCAGAUAUUACAGUCGAGUAGAACAGAAGAGACGAGUGAACCGUGCAGCAAUAAUGCUUUAGCAGAACCUGCUGCAUGUUUUUAUGUUUCAGCUGAGUCCAUCGAACCCAGUGAUGAUUACGAGAUGCAGAUCGUCGAGGAGUUACACCUGGCUCGCACUAACAGACAACUGCACGUGAACGUGGAGAUGAGUUACGGCGAGCUGACCAGCAUGGACGUAGACCCCUCAGACGAGAGCACCGCCACCACCGCACUCGGUCAGAAGCAGCAGCAGCAGGACCGCUUCAUUGUGCUCGACACCAAUAUUCUCCUCAGCCACCUGGACUUUGUGAGGAGGAUCAGAUCCCAUGGACUCGGCACUCUGGGAUUCCCAACACUCCUGGUUCCCUGGGUGGUGCUACAGGAGCUGGACUCGCUGAAAAGCGGCAAACUGUCAAAGAAUGUUGAAAACAAAGCCAGACCAGCCGUCGACUACAUCUACACCUCCCUGAAGAACCAGGAGCCGCGUCUCUGGGGCCAGUCCAUGCAGCAAAUGUCUCAAGCUUCCUGCGGGCUGAAGUCAGUGAAUAAUGAUGACCGUGUGCUGCAGUGCUGCCUGCAGUACAAGGCCUUGUAUCCAGAUGGCGCUAUCAUGCUGUGCACUAACGAUAAGAACCUGUGCAGUAAAGCUCUGCUGAGUGGAGUCAAGGCCCUGAGUAAAGCCGAUCUUCAACAGCAGGCUGAAUUAAACCCUGAGCACGUUCAUCACCACUAUGACCAGACGCCUGCUUAUCCGCAUGCAGCACCAAUUACACAACAUCAGGAAGCAGAGAAGGCACGAAGGUCACGUGAAGAGGUGAACGUGAGCAGGACGAAGGAGCCAGAGCGGGAGCUGAGCGAGUGUGUGUCCGUUCUAGAAAGCAGCCUGCAGAAAGCUCUGUCCGCCAUCCUGGAGGAAGAGAUGAAGGCUGCGUUUGGUGACCUGUGGUUAGAGAUAGUUUACGUGAAGCCUCCGUGGAGUCUGGAUGCUUUGCUGCAAUGUUUCCGGAAGCACUGGAUUGCUGUGUUUGGAGUCAUUAUCCGAAGAAGUCUGAUCGGUUGUGUGGAGACGCUCAGCAGUUUUGUCCGCACAGAUGUGUCAGUGGAGCGCAACACCAUCGUGAACACGGCGUCUGUGGCCGAGGAGUUUCUUACCGAGCUGCGCUUCAGGUCACCAUACGGCGGCCACGUAGACUCGGCCCUCACCUGCAUCAAGACCUUACAACACAGACUGAAAGCCAAGCCUAUGAAACCCCCAGUGGAUGACAGAAGUGGUGACACUUUAAUGGCUGAUGCAGUUCAGUAUGUAGCUCUGCCUCCACAAGCUUCUCAUCAGGAAGUGUGGGCUUUAUUCGAAAGCAUCUGGAACAAUCUGUGUCAUGUCAGCUCAGCUGUGUUCUCAGCACUGCACUUCACACCAGGAUCAAUGGACUCAGUAGAGCCACGAUCCACGCCGCCUCCCCAGGAUGCCCUCAGCUGUCUCCACAGACUCAAUGUCGCUCUCGAGCAGCUGCUAGAGGCCUUCCAGAGGUUAUUGACUGUGGGCAGCAGUGUAGACGACGCUCAGGCUCUGCUAUCUUUCAUUCACACAAGUGAGAUUGUUGCCAUGGAGCCACGCUUCACUGCCAAAGACCUGUUUGAGUGCCUGUCUCAUCAGGAGUACAGGGAGAAGCUGUGUAUAGGUGGAGCACAGAUGAUGGAACUGAGGGAGAACCUGCAUCGCUGCGCUGCCGCCGUGUGUGGUACGAAAACCUAAAGUCGGCAAAGAUACUGAUGAAAUAUUAACAACCAAACCAAACUUUGCCAAUAUAUGUCAUCACUCACAUCCCAGUUGGCCUAGACAAGUUGGCCUGUGUCAGUGUGUUUCUGGUUCUGUUUGUUCUGCGUUCCUGUGAGGACCAGAUCCCAAUGUUAAAUCUGAGUUCUCCACCUAGUAUAGCUGCUGUUAGUUUUGGGUGAGUUGUAGAAACUUUUUUUUUUUUUUUUUUUACUGUAUCUGAUCAUUCUGCUGUGAACACAGGAUGUUUAUUACGUUUUCAUCAAUGUGCUGUAGGAGGAGAUCAGUGUGGAAGCUACCUCAAAAUAAAAAGGUGCCGAAUGCAGCCAUGUUUAGAGCCUUUAAAGCCUUAAUAUUUAUAACAAUUAGUCAAAUCUAUUGGGGACCCGUUCGUUUAUUCAUACCUUCAUUCAUUUUUUUCUUUAUUGCUCAGAUUUUUGGGGAUACAGUAUGCCUUUACAGGUCAAGGAUUAAACCACUUACGAAUUAAUUAGAAAUUAAUUGACACGUCGAACCGUAUUUCAUCUGAAUUUUCACUUCUCUUCGUUUCUCCACAUUCAUUCGUUCAGACGCGAGAAGCAUUUGGACAGAAUAUAAAUUGCGACGUACUCAAAGAUUUAUGAAGUUUUUUAUUUUUUUUGCACUAUUAAACCUUGUAUUGUUGAGCAUGGUUUAUUCUGUUUUAUAUGACAAAUGCGUAAAAAAUGCUGUCAUUAAAUAUUAUAUUUAUUUCUGCUUAU